AGUUUUGGUCAGACAUUUAUCAAAGAUGACCAGUUCCUAACUGCCGUGGGUUCCAGUGUGGCCUUUACCGCUACAGUAUUUCGAUUGAUUCUUGGACUAUCAGCAGAUAGAUGCGGUAUUAAGAUAACAUUUCUAUGGACGUAUAUUCCUUGUAUCAUCUUGUUGUUUACAAUUUAUCAAGUUCAGUUUCUACCUAGAAUAUGGUAUUUAAUUUGGGUGAACGCCUUGUCCUGUUUACUUUCCAAUAUAUUUAUCUUAACGCCCCUGGCAGUCAAGACGAUGUUUGGAUCUGCAUAUUUUCUAUAUUUUCUUCUAUUUUUCCUUAAUAUGGACUGGUUCGGUACUGUGCUGACUGUUUUGUUGAAGUUACCAAUCUGUCGUAUCGCCUGUCUGCAUUUCCGAACUUGA